AUGCUAUCCGUCGUUAGGAUCACUUGCGAAGUGUUCAUCUGUAGAGGCAAGGAUAGACUAUUUCUCUCUAUCUCUCUCGAUCGUUCGACUCUCUCUCUCUCUCUCUCUCUCUCUCUCUCCACUCUAACAGACUCUUCUAUAGAUCGAUUGACUCAACCCCGAUCAACACUUGAACAAUCGAAUCUCAAUCGACCGGCUUCUUUCUUUCAAUUCACUAACUAUCGAUCGACUCUCAUUCGAUCGACUCUCGCUCAACUGAAUCUCUCCCUAUCGAGUAUCCAUCGAUCUACCCUCAUUCGAUCGACUCUUCAUCCAUUGACUCUCAACCGAUCGAUUCUAUAUCGAUCAAAUAUUCUUCGAUCGUCUCCCUCGCACUCUCGAUCGACUAUCCAUCGAUCGACCCUCCUUCGAUCGACUCUAUCUCGAUUGACUCUCAAUCGAUUGAUUCUUUAUCAAUCAACUCUCUUUCAAUUAACUCUCCUUAGAUCGAUUCUCUCUCGACCGACUAUGCAUCGAUCGAACAUCCUUAAAUCGAAUCUCUCUUAA